UGCGCUUUGCUGGAACAGCCAUAAAGAGAUAUCCCACGUCCAAGGAGUUGGGAACAUAUAAUGAAGAACUGAAGGUGUGCAGGGAGCAGCUUCUUGCCAGAGAAGAAGAAGUUGCUCAGCUGAGAGCAGAGAGGAACAACACCAGGCUGCUGCUGGAACACCUGGAGCUCCUCGUUUCCCGGUAUGUACCAUCCCUCCGGAUAACGGCGGACAAGCAGCAGGCGCAGUCCCCAGCCGGCAUGAUCAGCGAGGUGGAGGUGCUCAGGGCGCUGAAGUUUCUAUUUGAGCACCACAAGGCCCUGGACGAGAAGUUGAGACAGCAGGCCCGCGUGCCGGCCACCGUGGCCCAGGCCUUCGAAAGAGACGAAGGCGUGUCUGACGGCGAGGGCGACGGGGUCACCCUCCUCAGCUCGGCUGCUCAGCUGCCGCCCAGCGGGCAGAUGCUUCAGGAGCAGCUGGACAGCAUCAAUGAAGAGAUCUGGUGGAUCCAAGAAGAGAAGGAGACCACGGAGCAGCGGGCCAAGGAGACUGAGAGCAGGGUGGGCAAGGCGAGCUCAGGCAGCCUUCGUCGUUUUAAAUCAGUGAGCUCCCUCGACCUGUAUUUUGCCUCCUCGCUUGCCAGCUCCUGCCCGCCCAGCAGUGUGCCCGCCACGCCCCGAAUGAGGCGUCGAAGGCCAGCGCGGAACAUAGACCGGCUGGGCACCAUGCCUCUGAUGCCAGCUCUACGGGAAGAGGUGCAAAAUGACAAGAACACCAUCAAGUGUGAAACCUCGAGCCCUGCCUCGCCUGAGUCUCUUCGGCUGGAGCAGGUGCAGACGGGGGCGCUGUGCGCGGCCAGCCCCGAGGACCUCAGUGACGCCCGCAACUCGACGGACUCUCAGGACGGCCCCGGGGGCAACCUCAGCAGCAGCAGCAGCCAGGACUCCAUGGACAAAGCCCCAAAGAAGAAGGGCAUCAGGUGCUCCAUCGGCCGCUUCUUUGGCAAGAAGGAAAGGGGCCGGCCUGGACACCCCGGCAAGGAGGCCUUAGGACCAGGAGCGGAGGAGGCGUCUGUCUUCUCGCCCUCCACCACACCAGACUGGGAUGCAACUCAGGACUUGGGCUUGAGAUAUCAAGGCGACUGUGACUCUGGAAGGACACAGUCCUGGGACCCAGCCCAGCUGCUGCUGCUCCGCAGGUGCUUCCUGGAGAUGCACCUCCUGCAAGAGCCAUUGUCCUGCGGCUCUGGGGCUGCCUGA